GUUCACAUUAGUCCAAUUGUUUUCCAAUUUCUGCAGAGUGAACAUCGUUACCUUUGUGUAGUUCGAUAUUAUUCUUGAAGAGAUUGGAAUUUUGUAUAAAAAUGCCUGAAAAUGAGUCUGUGUCUGAUGUUCCUCUUGUGGGAACCCAACAGACCUCAAGCGGUGGCUCCAACAAGAAGGCUCUGAUGGCGGCCGGUCUGACCCUGCUGGCGUGCCUGGUGGUGGCGGGCCAGGGCCUCACCGCCUACAUGGUCAUGGGCCAGAAGACCCAGCUGGAUGACCUGAACCUGAAGAUGCAGCGCCUCAAGGAGCUCAGCACUCGCAACAACAUGGCUACUCCCGUGAGGAUGGCUGCCCCCAUGGGACCCAUGCACCUGCUCAGGCUGAAGGACGAGGCUGCCGACACCAAGGACUCUGCUGCCACUCCUACACCCAAGGACCCCAGCACCCUCACCCAGUGUGAGAAGGAGGCCCUGGGGCUGACCCCCUCCAAGGUGCCCGGCUUCAAGCCCCAGUGCGAUGCUGUUGGUGGCUACCAGCCCAGGCAGUGCUUCCAGAGGCAGUGCUGGUGUGUGGAUGCCACCGGCCAUCCCAUCAGCAACAGCCUCAACAGCCGUAGCUGCAGUGGUGGCGUGAGGACUGCCCAAGCCUUUGCAGCUCCCUCUCUUCUCCUCCAGCCCCUCGAGGAAGCAAAAGACAAGGAGAACUGAAACCUGCGGGGGAACAAAGUGGUUGUCUAUUAAAGCUUUUUUGUAACACUUUCUGAGCACUUUUUUGAUCUGAGUAAGAAACGUAUAAUAUACUCUUAUGAUCUUAAACCAUUCUUUGAGAUGUGUCCCAACUAAUAAAAUUUGAGAUUAUGUUUUUCACUGUGAAUCAUUAAGACGUGCAAGUGACAGUUUCUACUUUUAUUUUUUUCCUUAUAUCUCUGCACUGAUUUAUGGGACAGUAGUUUAACAGUUCAUCAGGUGGUUUAUUGAUUUACUUUAUUAUUUGCAAGGAGAUGUAUUUCCUUUCUAUGUCUAUUAUAAGUUGUAUUUACAGACUUUCUUCAAGUUACAAAAGUAUGCUCAAAUGCAGUCUAAGAGUGCAAGAUAUUAAGAAAUAAAACAACCACUAUAAAACAAU